AUGAUGUAUUUUCUAUACAUGAAUAUAUUAAAACAUCAUCAUCAGCAGCACCACAUGAAUUGUUAUUAAAGAAUGAAACAAAUUCACAUGAGAAUCUUGAUGAUUAUGAUACUCAGAUUCAAGUUGAUGGUAAAUCAUGGUUCAAAUGGGAAGUCAGACUAUUUGAAGAGGCUAUGUGGAAGUUUGAAAAAAACUUUUUCAAAAUAUCUGAAUGGAUUACAACUAAAUCAUUCGGCCAAUGUGUUGAGUUCUACUACAAGUGGAAGCCUACACUUGAAGAAUUCUAUCCUGAUAAUACUUAUAGAAACCGAAAUGCUAAAUUUCUUGAACGAAAGAAGCAAAAGAAAGAGAAGAGAGAUGCAGAAACCAGAGAUGCAAAAUACUGUAGAAGAUGAACAUACAUCACAAAACAUGAAUGGAGCUUCAUGGAAUCUGAAAUCUAGAGGACAAAAGAGGCCAUUAGAUGAUAAUUGCCAAGAAAUUGAAUCAAAGAAAAGAAAGAAUAUAAUGGAUGAUAAGCCUCUCUUUAUCUCAUUAACACAAGAUAAGAAACGAUGA